AUGCAAGGUUGGGCAAAACGAUGGUUUAGCCUUUUACCGAGUGGAGUUCUCUCUUACUCUACUUCACAGGGUAGUGUAACUCGAGGUUCAAUUCAAAUUCUAGUCGCCACUAUUUCGUACAACACAAAAAUGCGACAAAUUCAUAUCGACUCGGGCACCAUGAUUUAUCAUUUAAAGACAUUAACCGAAGAGGAUUACGACAAGUGGUGUUCUGCAUUAAAGGAUAUCCGAACAAAUAUAGAUGACGAUUCGCCUCUUCAAGAAGAGUUUAAUAAGUCAAACAUCAGUAUGAAUAAGCGCCUUUCUUCUCGUGGUUUCGGUGGUAUUCAAUCUGACAAUAAAAAAAUGAGAGCAGAAAUUGACCAUGGUAUCGAAUCCUGUGCUAUUCAACAACAAAAUUUAGACUAUUUACUCAAUUCAAUUAAUGAAUUGGUUGCACUUUUACCCGGCCAUGGCAACACAGACCUUUUCAAUAAGUUAGAACAGCAGAAACUUCAAAUUCUAUCGGGGAUGCAAGAACAAAUAUCACAAUGGCAAAAUGUGCAAAAUUGCCUCAAUAGUCAACGCCGUUCGGGGUCAAAUUCACCAGUGGUAUUUCAACAGCAGGAUGGAUCCAUACCCGAAUAUGAUCCUGUACAUCGUACAAGCAGUAUCUAUUCCCACGUCUCGGGUUAUUCAGAUCAGUUCUUUGAUGCAGAAGAUAUUAAUUUAAGUGGUGGCGAAGAGUUCUUUGAUGACGAUAAUGACCGUGAUUCUAGUAUCGAUGACGAGGAAAGUACAGACGAAGAUUCAGGUAAUCACAAGUAUUACAUAUAUACUCUAUUUUUUUUUUUUGCAUGGAAAUUAAAAAUAUUAAAAAUAGAUGUGCUGGAUUUAACUUCAGCAGGUGAUUGCAAACGUCGUACAAAAUUACCUUCGCCUUGUCUUGUUGACAUCCCAUCCAAUUUCUCCACUGUGUCCAAAAAUGUCGGUAAAGAUUUAUCUUCUAUUUCUAUGCCGGUCACUUUAAAUGAACCCUUGAAUGCACUUCAGAUAGCUUGUGAAGAGCUUGAAUAUUGUGAAUUAUUAGAAACCGCUUCUACCAUGACAGAUUCGAUGGAAAGACUUAUGCUGGUCACGGUGUUCUCCAUUUCUGCUCACGAUUCCACACAGUACCGUACGACCCGAAAACCAUUUACACCCCUCAUGAACGAAACAUAUGAAAAUAUUCGACCUGAUAAAGGCUUUCGAUUUGUGGCCGAAAAGGUCAACCAUAAACCACUCAUUAUUGCUGCUCAUGCUGAAGCUAGGGGAUUCAAGUUUUGGCAAAGUACAAAGCUUGGUACGCAAUUUUGGGGUAGAACCAUGGAAGUGAUGACUCAAGGAACUUUCCAUGUUACUUUAACUGGACAUGACGAUCAUUACACGUAUUGCAAACCAUCCAGUUGGUUGAAAAACUUGUAUACUGGACCAAAGUACUUGGAACAUGCGGGUGAGUGUAAAGUAACCAAUACAACUACGGGCGAAUAUGCCAUGGUUACAUACAAGGAGGGUACAGGCGGUGGAUUGUUUGGUGUGCCCACAAAGCGUCAUGAUGUCAUUGCUACACUUUACAACGCACAAGGUAAAAAAUGUCGACGCGUGGUUGGUAAAUGGAGUGAUAGUUUGGCAGAAGAAGUUGGACUGGACAAGAAAAAGUUAAAUGUCUUAUGGAAAGCACAUCCUCCUAAUCCAAAUAGUGAAAAAUAUUUUGGUUUUACAAAGUUUGCUACAGAACUAAAUGAGAUGACUGAAUUAGAAGAGGGCAAAUUACCGAUCACAGACACUCGAUUAAGACCUGAUCAAUUGUUAUUCGAAAAGGGUAAUUGUUUGACUGACGAAGCACAAGUCCAAAAGGAUCGUGUUGAACAAAAGCAACGCGCAAAGCGUGCAGAAUUGGAGGCAGCAGGGAUCGAAUGGAAGCCAAGAUGGUUCGCUAAUAAUGGUGGUAGUGAUUGGGAAUACACUGGUCAAUACUGGCCCACACGUGAGUCUGGUAAAUGGCCCAAAGAUCAAUUUGAAAUAUGGUAG